AUGGUAGAACUACAAACAACAAAUGGCAACUGUAAUGGAAAUAGUAAUGGUGCCACCAUUAACAAUGAAAGUGAGAAGAAGAAGUGUAUUUUUAGUAGAGAACAGGUGAAUGAUGCAAUUGAGGUUGCAGGUGAUAUAACACCAUUCCAUCUAUAUAAUGGUGAUAUGAUGUUGGACAAUGCCAAAGCAUUUGUCUCAGCCUUCCAACAUCACUUCCAAACAUACACCAACUACUUUGCCGUCAAGGCCACGCCAAAUCCACACAUCCUAUCACUUCUAAAAACUGCUGGCAUGGGUGUAGACUGCAGUUCCAUGGCCGAGCUCCUACUAGCUGAGAAGGUUGGCUUCAAAGGAGAAGAGAUAAUGUUCACAAGUAAUAAUACACCAAAGAAGGAAUACCAGAAGGCAUUUGAGUUGGGCGCCAUUAUCAAUCUGGAUGAUAUUACACAAAUUGAAUAUCUGAGAGAAUCGUUGGAUGGACGUUUGCCAGAGUUGGUCUCAUUGCGCUAUAAUCCAGGUCCACUAAAGAGUGGCAAUGCCAUCAUUGGUAAGCCACAGGAUGCCAAGUUUGGACUGACACGCCAACAGUUGACCGAAGCCUACACAUUGCUGAAGCAGCUGGGCGUGACCCGCUUUGGCCUGCACUGCAUGGUGGCCUCCAACGAACUUCAACUCGAGUACUUUGAGGAGACUGCCGCACUUCUGUUCCGCACGAUCGUCGAACUGUCGACCGAGUUGGCCAUCCCCUUUGAGCUGGUCAACCUGGGCGGUGGCAUCGGCAUCCCAUAUCACCCAGACCAGCCGGCAGUCGACUAUACCCUGCUCACCAGCCUCAUUGCCGGACAGUACAAGAAGAUAGUGCAAGGCGCCGGCUUGCCAUACGCACUGCCCCGCAUCGUCACCGAAUGUGGCCGCUGCGUAGCCGGCCCCUUUGGCUGCCUGGUCACCCGCGCCAUCCACUCAAAGUCCACGUACAAGGAGUAUAUAGGUGUCGACGCCUGUAUGGCCAACUUGAUGCGUCCAGGCAUGUAUGGAGCAUAUCACCACAUCACUGUGAUGGUGCCCGAGGAUGAGGAGUCCCGUCCACUCAAGUCAUACGAUAUUGUCGGCUCACUGUGCGAGAACAACGAUAAGUUCGCCACUGGUCGUCUGCUACCCGAGAUCAAGAGGAAUGAUGUGCUGGUGAUCCAUGACACUGGAGCCCAUGGGCACUCCAUGGGCUUCAACUACAAUGGCAAGCUGCGCUCUGCCGAGUACAUCCUGCUCAAUGGUCGCUACACAUGUAUCAGAAGAGCCGAGACCUACGACGAUCUCUUUGGAACACUGGACUUUGACAUAAAGUUGAACUAA